AUGACAGAUGCUGAUAUAGAGUCGAAAAAGAGGAAAAUUAAAGACAUCGAAGAGAUAAGAAACAUUGAACUAAGCAAUCUGGAAAACACUAAAAAAAUCAAAACACAGGAUGCAGUUCUCAUCACCGAUUCUAUCCCAAGAAGACCCAUCGAGACUCCUGCUAAAGAGUAUCCAUUUGAAUUAGAUACUUUUCAAAAAGAUGCAAUUUUUUGCAUUGAAGCUGAAGAAUCUGUUUUAGUUUCUGCUCACACAUCUGCUGGUAAAACAGUUGUUGCUGAGUAUGCUAUUGCAAAAUCUUUGAGAGAAAAACAAAGAGUAAUUUAUACUUCUCCCAUCAAGGCUUUAUCCAAUCAAAAAUAUAGAGAAUUGGCAGCUGAAUUUGGCGAUGUUGGAUUGAUGACUGGUGAUGUUACUAUAAACCCUGAUGCUGGCUGUCUUGUGAUGACAACAGAAAUUUUAAGAUCAAUGCUUUAUAGAGGUUCCGAAGUUAUGAGAGAAGUCGCAUGGGUGAUAUUUGAUGAAGUGCAUUAUAUGAGAGACAAAUCGAGGGGUGUUGUUUGGGAAGAAACUAUUAUAUUGCUUCCAGACAAAGUCCAUUAUGUUUUUUUAUCUGCUACUAUACCAAAUGCUAAAGAAUUCACCAGAUGGAUUGGUAAGAUCCACAAUCAACCAUGUCAUGUUGUUUAUACCGAUUACAGACCAACACCAUUACAACAUUAUCUAUUUCCUGCUGGUGGUGACGGUAUCCAUUUAGUGGUAGAUGAAAAAGGAGCAUUUAGAGAAGAAAAUUUUCAAAAAGCAAUGGCCUCAAUUAGUGAAAAGUUAGGUGAUGAUCCUGGUUCUGCUCAAAAUUCUGGUAAGGGCAAAAAGGGAAAAACUUUUAAAGGUGGAAUACUAGAUAGCAAAGCCGAUAUUUAUAAGAUUGUUAAAAUGAUUUGGAUAAAAAAAUAUAACCCAGUUAUUGUUUUCUCAUUUUCAAAAAGAGAUUGCGAAUCAUUGGCUUUAAAGAUGUCUAAAUUGAACUUUAAUUCAGAUGAAGAAAAUGAAACAUUAACCAAAAUUUUCAAUAAUGCAGUUGACGUUCUUCCUGAAGGUGAUAGAGAAUUGCCUCAGAUAAAAAAUAUUUUGCCCUUGCUUAGAAGAGGUAUAGGAAUACAUCAUUCUGGUUUGUUACCAAUUUUGAAGGAAAUUAUUGAAAUUCUAUUUCAAGAAGGUUUAGUCAAAGUUUUAUUUGCCACUGAGACAUUUUCAAUUGGUCUUAAUAUGCCUGCAAAAACUGUUGUUUUUACCUCUGUUCGUAAGUGGGAUGGUAAAGGGUUCAGAUGGGUAUCUGGAGGUGAAUAUAUUCAAAUGUCUGGUAGAGCCGGUCGUCGUGGUAUAGAUGAUAGAGGUAUUGUGAUCAUGAUGAUAGAUGAAAAAAUGGAGCCGCAGAUUGCCAAAGGAAUGGUAAAAGGUGUGGCUGAUAGAUUAGACUCUGCUUUCCAUUUGGGAUAUAAUAUGAUUUUAAAUCUUAUGAGAGUUGAGGGAAUUUCUCCCGAGUUUAUGUUAGAACGUUCAUUUUAUCAAUUUCAAAAUUCUUCUACAAUUCCUUUAUUGGAAAAUAAGUUAUAUCUGCUUGAAGAAAAUCAUAAGAACAUAGUUAUUGAGGAUGAGCAAAAUAUUAAAGAAUACUAUAACCUUAGGAAGCAAACUGAAAUAUAUAAUCAAGAUGUUAGAGAGGUCAUUACUCAUCCAUCACAUUCAUUAACAUUUCUUCAAGAUGGAAGAUUAGUUGAAGUCAAGGUCAAUGACGAUUACUAUGGCUGGGGUGUUGUUGUUAAAUUUAAUAAAAGAAGCAACAAAAGGAGACCAAAUGAACAACAGUAUGCUGAUCAUGAGGCCUAUAUUGUUGAAGUACUUGUAACAACCAUGUUUAUUGAUUCUCCAACAAAUUUGAUUAAAAUGUUUUCUCCAGAUCUUGCAAUUGGUAUCAGACCUGCAAAAGAAGGUGAAUUAUCCAAAAGCGUAGUUAUUCCUAUUACUUUAAAAUCAAUAGUUAAUAUGGGAAAUUUAAGAUUACGUAUGCCACAAUCAAUGGAUAGGUUACAAAGACUGAGCACAGGGAAAAACAUUGCAGAAGUGCAAAGAAGGUUUAAGGAUGGAAUUCCGUUAUUAGAUCCUAUUAAAAAUAUGAAAAUCAUUGAUGAUUCAUUUUUAAAAUUAAUCAAAAAAAUAGAAGUGUUAGAAAGCAGAAUAAGUUCCAGCCCAUUAAGCAAAUCAGAUAAACUAAAAGAGUUAUAUGAGACAUACUCCGAAAAAAUUGCAAUUGAAAAGCAAAUCAAAGAAGUAAAGGGUAAAAUAUCUGAUGCAAAUGCAAUUAUUCAAUUGGAUGAUUUGAAAAACCGUAAAAGAGUUUUAAGAAGGUUAGGUUUUUGCACUCAAGAUGAUAUUAUUGAGUUGAAAGGAAGGGUUGCAUGUGAAAUUUCGACGGGGGAUGAAUUACUUUUAACUGAGUUAAUUUUUAAUGGUACAUUUAAUGAACUAUCCCCCGAGCAAUGUGCUGCAUUACUAUCAUGCUUUGUGUUUCAAGAAAGAUCAAAAGAAAUGCCUAGACUCAAGCCCGAAUUAGCAGAGCCAUUGAAAGAGAUGCAAGAAAUGGCUACAAAAAUUGCAAAAAUUUAUAGAGAUUCAAAAAUUGAAAUUGCAUUAUCCGAUUACGUUGAAUCAUUUAGACCAGAAUUAAUGGAAGUUGUUUAUGUUUGGUGUAAAGGAGCUUCAUUUACACAAAUUUGUAAAAUGACAGACAUCUAUGAAGGCAGUUUAAUUAGGAUGUUUAAAAGGUUGGAGGAAAUGAUUAAACAAAUGGUUGAUGCAGCCAAAACCAUUGGUAAUAGUGCACUAGAAGAAAAAAUGGAAAAAGCUGCAGAAUUGGUUCAUAGAGAUAUUGUUUCGGCUGGUUCAUUAUAUUUAAGUUAG